GUGUGAUGAACUACUAUCCAAACCAAUAUCCUCCUCUUCACCAACAACCUCCCAAAACCGUUCACAAAACCCAAAAGAAAAAACACAAGACCUCACAAGACUCGACAUUGAAAUUCUUGGGAUAACAAACCACAACAUUCAUUGAUUCAUUCAUCAUGUCUCUGUGCCAUCUUAAUCUCCCAUUCGCAUCCGAUGCGGCACCUAUCCCCUCCACAUUUCACUCUCCUAAUUCUUCUCCUACCAAAAAGGUCACUUUUUCAAGUAUUCCGCGGCGCACCUGUGUAGUAAGGUCUCAUAUGACAAUGGAAGCGAAGCCUCUCUCUCAAAACAAUCGAAUGCUUGUGUAUGUGCCUGCUCAUCCUUUGAUCAAGCACUGGGUUUCGGUUCUCAGGAAUGAGCAAACUCCGUGUCCCAUUUUCAGAAAUGCAAUGGCUGAGUUGGGAAGGCUACUAAUUUAUGAAGCCUCAAGGGAUUGGCUGCCAACAGUGACCGGAGAGAUUCAAUCACCGCUGGGUGUCGCCUCGGUGGAGUUCAUUGAUCCAAGGGAGCCUGUGGCUGUAAUUCCAAUUUUGAGAGCUGGUCUUGCUCUUGCUGAACAUGCAUCAUCAGUCUUGCCUGCUACAAAAACAUAUCAUUUAGGAAUGAGCAGAGAUGAGGAAACUCUUCAGCCAACUGUAUAUUUGAACAAGCUACCUGAAAAAUUUGCAGAAGGGUCUAAAAUAUUCGUGGUUGAUCCUAUGCUGGCCACAGGUGGUACUAUAGUCGCGGCCCUGAAUAUCUUAAAGGAUCGCGGAGUUACCAACAAGCAGAUUAAAGUGAUAUCUGCAUGUGCUUCCCCUCCAGCUCUCGAAAAGCUGAGCAACCAGUUCCCGGGCCUUGAAGUGUAUACCGGAAUAAUUGAUCCCGUACUUAAUGAGAAAGGGUUUAUAAUUCCUGGCCUCGGAGAUGCUGGUGAUCGCAGCUAUGGUACAUGAUACAUGAAUGUUAAUUAUUUGUUGUAUCAAAUUUUGAAUAAAGUUAUUACUACCCGGAUUGAUUCUGAACUCAUAAUGUAGUUUCAUAUUUAGUGUUUUUGCUUAUUAUUAAAGUUAAGGUUAAGAAUUGAAAUA